AUGUCGUCCAAACUAAUGACCUGCAAUAGAGAAGGACGUGUAUUCAAUGACCAACCAAAAUUAUUAGACUCAAAUUUACGUUCAAAUUCCAAAGAAAAUACAAGUAUAAUCAACCAAAUGAACGACUGUUACCCAGCAAAUCAGCCGGUGUUAACAGAACACAAUUUAUUCAAUUCUACUAACGACUUAAGAAGAUUCAGUUAUGAAUCUUAUGAAAGACCGAAAUCAAGAUCAAGUGAGUUCGAUAGAAAUUAUCAAGAACCUGUAGCAAUUAUUUCAUCCACAACAGCACUAGGAACUAGAAAAAGAAGAUCAUCUACCGUUAAAGAUGCUUUAUCUUCAGUCCUUAAUUCUCCACCAUCUCCUAGAAGGCAUAAUUCCAAUCCAAAUGAUUUACCACUGCAACAACAAAGCAUAUAUCCAUUACAAUUUCAAGACCAAAAUGGAUUAAAUUACACUUACACGCCAAAUUAUGGCCAUUUACCAUUGAAUCCUCAUUCAAUAAUACCUUCCUCGUAUCAACCAUCUGGAAAUGUUCCCUUAAUGAUUGUCGAUCCUUCACUAAGGAGACAUAGUAUAUCUGAAUCUCAUAAUUAUACACUGCCUUCCAUCCUUCUAUCACCUAGUUCAGGUGUACCGAAUCUUCCUAAUAAUGAUUCAUCGGCAAGAGUAUAUGGCCCUCAAUAUCAUAGUAAUUAUUCAACUAGUAAAAGCUAUAUUUCUAAUUCUAAUUUAAGUUCAAAUUCAACAACUACCAUAAAGGGUAAUUCAACUUCUCAUCAUUUCAUUAAUCCGGAACAUUUCCAUAGACAUUCUGUGCCGAAAGCAAUUAGUAGUAAUAAUAAUACUAACACCAAUGGCAUUCGUCCACACUUUAGCUCAUUUUCAGGAGCAUUAACUACUAGUUAUCAAUCACAACGAUCAAUAACUCCAAUACCAUUUAGUACUACAACCAACGCAACUUAUCUCGCUAAAGAAUUCCUAAAUAGAUAUUUAAAAGAUAGAGGUUUCCUUACACCAAAAGUAUUAUACCAGGGAAAUUCCAUCGAAAUAUCGCUCGCUUCAAGCGGUGAAGCGGUGUUUUUACCAACAAAUAUUCAUCAUCACAGACAUUCGACCAUUACAUCUGAAAGAAAUGAUGGAGGCCGUAAUAACCGUGAUGUACAUGUGGAUGAACAUAAUCCAUAUGACGAAGAUGAAUUCACUAAUUUUAAUGGAGAUAACGAAGACGAAGAUGAAGAUGAUGGUAUAGUCUAUGAUGAUUUCAUAAACGGCAGUAUCAACUCAUCAACUAACCUUCCCAAUAGUAAUACGAAUAAUGGCAAUUCAAGUACCGAUUCCCAAAGUCAAUCCGUAAUUUUUGAUGAAGAUACUUUAAAUGAAAGAAAUGAUUUGUCAUUAAUGCCAAUGUCCUCAGUAAGUCAUUCGACAAUUGCUUCCAGUACUCCAUCCUCAACUACAAGUCAUCACAGAAAUACAAUAAUGCAUAACAAUGAUAGUUUCCCUUCUGUUUCUUCUACAACAAGAACAUUACCAAGCUCUCAGACGCAUUCACAUUCACGGAAACAUUCCAAUGUUCAUAAUUUCUUACAUCCAAAAAGAAACACAGUAGCUAAGAAUUGUUUAUCAUCAUCAUCCUUUCAUAUUGAUAAUUCCAUGACUUCUCAUAAUGUAGCUGUUAUAUUAUCCCUUCAUGAAAAAACUGAUAUUUCAACAAUAUCUGUAGAGUUAUCAUCUGAUACAAGAGUAUAUUGGCAUAAUGGCGUACCUCCAGAAAGAAAAAAUAAUGAAGAGUUAUACAAGUAUGGUUCAAUAAUUUGGAAUUUGAACAUACUAGAAGAUUUCAAUUUGUUUAUUCCAUUAAAUCCAAAUGGUGAUUCAUUUACUAAUGAUGGUAUCAUUGAAAAAAAUGUAAACGUUGAAACUAAAAAUAGGAAAAUAUUUAAAAAGUUUAGAUCUACAGCUAUCACUCAAAGUCACUUCCAAAAUAAAGAAAGUUUUUAUGACUCUUUACUUAACAAUUUGAAUUCUACUAUUGCAAAAAUCCAGGGGAAAUACAAUAGGCAAAAUGAAGACAAAAGAAACUUCCUGGAUCCCGGCGAUUAUUUAUUCAUAUUACCAACGAUAUUUACAGAAAAUCUACCAGAAUCAAUCUAUUUACCAUCCGGCAGGAUAACUUAUAUGAUUCGUAUAGCUACAAAACUAAAGAGUAAACAAGAUACCAAAUUAGAAACUCAAAAUACUAUAAAUAAAACUUCACUUGUAUCUACUCCAAUAGGAGCUAUCAGUCAAGAAAAUUUAACAUCAAAAGAUGAAGGAACAAACCACAACAAGUAUCAGACGAAUAACAAUGCUGAAUAUAAGCAAGAUGAAUUUUUGGAAAUCGAAACGAAAGCAAAGGAAAACUUGAAAACCAAUAAGUCUGAAAGUAAAGGAAGUUCAUUGUUCAAAAAAAUGAAAAGUCAUUUUAUGGGACUUUCUCUAAUGAAAGAUGAAGAAAUACAUGCUUUGGAAAACGAUCGUAUUGGACCAGAUAUAUCUGAUAAAGACUCUACUCCAAGUGUACAUGUAUUUAUUGAUAAGACCACAGGUGAGCAAAAUACUAUGGCUAAUAAUAAUAAUAAGAAUAAUACUAGUUCUGCCAAUAGUAACCAAUCAAUGAUUUUGACAGAAUAUCCAAUAAAUGUCAUUAGAGUGCCACCUUCUUUAUCUUCCACAACAACAAAUAAACCUGUUUAUAUUAAUAAGACAUGGGCAGACGCAUUAAAUUACGAAAUUUCAUUUGCUGAAAAAUUCGUUCCAUUAAAUGGGGAAGUGCCGAUUAGAUUAAGGUUAGUCCCCAUGAUGAAAAAUGUUUGCGUUAAAAGAAUCAAAAUUUCUAUUUCAGAAGAAAUUAGAUUCGUUUCAAAAGAUUUCAGUUUCGAUUUCAAUCAGAUUGAUCCCUUAACUGAUGACCCAUCGAGCUCAUAUUAUGAUGAGUUUAUCAAAAGAAAGAAUAAGAAAAGAUGUUUACCACUUUUGGAAAUUAAACCGAGAGAAAAUGGAUCGAGGGCCCUAAGAGAAGAAUGUGUUAAAAAUACAAUCAACGAUAAUUUACUAUCAUAUAGUACUACAAAGGAAAAAGUUGUAGGGUCAUCUGCUGAAAAAGUCGUAGGUAUUACUGAACCACUGACUAUCGAAAGUAAGCUAUCAUUUCCAAAAUUUUCAACCUUAGAUAAGGAAUCUGUUAAAUCAAUCCCACCUUAUGGCGUAGAGAGUUUUAUUAAUAUUCCAAACACCGAAAAAGUACACGUUAUUGGAGAGAAUAAUAAAUAUAGAACUCAAGGCGACUCUGCCGCAUCCAUAACAAGAAAUAAUGAAUAUGAUAGGAGAAAUUCUAACUCACGUAGGAGUAGUAUCGCUUCCUUCUUUUCUGGCUCUGCUCGUAGGAACUCAACGAGUUCAGUUAAAUCAUCUUCUACAACUAACAGUAGCAUAACUGGGAAUAGUAGUGCUAAUAAUUACAUGAAUUCUUCCACAAAACAAUUUGAUGAAAGGUUCCAUCAAACGACUUUUACAACAAGUGCUGGGGUACCCGUGCAAUACGUUACAAGGUUAAACAAAUCAAGGCGUGGGUUAUACUUAGAUAGUUUUCACUCGAAGAAUAUUAUUUGUAAACAUAAACUACAAAUUAUGGUAAGAGUAAGCAAACCAGAUCAUGAUUCAACUACCAAUCAAUUAAAACAUUUUGAAGUUUUAAUUGAUACUCCAAUAUAUUUGGUUUCUGAACUAUGUAGCAUUUCAAAUCAAGAAUUGCCGACUUAUGACAUGGCUGCUACUGAAUCAUCUAGGUCUUUACCACCAACUUUUGAAGAAGCUAUUUCUGUUCCUGCAUCACCUAUUGGCUCCCCACAAUCAAGUAUCUAUGCACCAUCCAUCGCAGAUGAGGCAUCUAUCCAAUAUCUGGCUUUAUCUAGAACGUUAUCUUCAUCUGCAUCCCUCUCCGGUCCUGCCCACGUCCUACCGAACGUUCCAAUAUCAACAUCACCUAUGACUUCCACAAAUUCAAUACACGUAGACCGGUCAGACGCCUCUACUUAUUCCAAUGAUAACAGUUCACAAUCAAGUAUUAUUCCAGAAAAUGGAGAAUGGUUCAACAAUUUAGAUGGGUUAUUGUCAACAUCACCUGUACUUCAUAAUACCCAAAGGAACUCUAUCACGGCUUCGGAGUCUUCACCACAUCACCAUCAAAAUAAUCCAUUUAUAGACCCAUCAUUGUUUAAAGCAGGUUAUAGCCCAACAUCAGUUAAAUUUGAAGAACCACCUUCAUAUGAGACUGCGGUGUCUGAUGGAGAAUGA